AUGCAGGACGGCUUUGUGAAGACUUGGCCGCGCAGGCUCUUGCAGCUAGAAGGCGCUUGCAUAUUCGGCUCAACAAUCUGGGCCUAUUCGCGUUCGGGACAAUCGUGGUGGACAUUUGCCGCCCUUUUGCUGACUCCGGACCUGGGUAUGACGGGAUAUCUCGCCAAUUCUUCGGUCGGUGCUGCCUUGUACAACACUUUUCAUACCGAAACGCCCCCCAUACUUCUGCUAUGCGUUGCCUUGGCACGAGAUAAUAAGGCCCUCACCGGACUGGCUCUGAGUUGGCUUGCGCACAUCGGCAUGGAUCGAAUGCUGGGCUAUGGUUUGAAGUACGGAAGCAGUUUCGACCACACGCACUUGGGCAACUUGGGCUUGACCGGCAGGAAGGAUGAGAAGAAGAGCACAUCUCAGUAG